AUGACCAUCCAAGAAAUCAUCACAGACCCUGCCCUCCGGGAGUGUCUUGCUGUGGCGGACCGUACACGCCUCCUCUGCCACCAAAUUCUCACAAUGAUUGAAGCUACACAAGGCAUAGAGCUCCCUGAAGAUAAGAGGAUUGAACGAUCACGCACUCAGAAGCAACUCAAUGCAUUGUUGACCCAAAUCAAGGGGCUACAUCGAGCGGCAAUUAUGUCUGCUCGUGAGGCCAAAGAAGUUACUAGCGAAGUCCGCCGGGAGGUCGAUCGUCUUCAUCUACAGCUUCAGAAUCUCUACUACGAACAACGCCAUCUUCGCGGUGAGAUUACUGCCUGUAGAGAAUUUCCACAUCAGUACACAUCUCUGCCUUUAGUCUCCGAGGAAGAAUUCUUGGCUCUGAAUCCCGAACACCAGAAUGAUAACCCACACAAUCUGAUGAUUGCGCGACUAAACAACGAGAAAGCUGUACGUGAGGAGUUAGAAAAACAGAGAAAAGAGCUUCUGGCCAAGAAGCAAGCGCUUAUUGCGGAGAACAAGAGGCGUAAGGACGACCUCGCAAGCUUAGAUGAGCAACUAAAGAAAUUCAUCAUCGAAGCCAAUUCAAAAUACUUUCCAGAAGGAGUACUAGCCAUUCAUCUCAAUACAUCGCUCACACAUUUUAAUUCGAUCCGUUGAAUCUCCUGUUAUAUCGUUUGUGCCCUCCAUUCAAGAAAAAACCAAAUCUACUGGCGGCUGUGGAGAUGUGUCCGUGCAACAGGAUCAUUCCAAAUCUCUAUGGGCAAUAAAUACUAGUUGGUCGGAUUUGCCCGGAUUUCCGUUUUUUUCUCUUUUUUUUUUCCUUCCUUCCUGCGCUAGGAUAGUUGUGUCUGUCAUUAUUUCCCUCAUCGACAUUUUUUAUACUCAACGGGACUCCCCUUGUCAACCUUGUGUGCGACAGGAGUUAUGGUAUCCCAGGCCUUGCGCACCUUCUUUAUAUAGCCAAUCAACCGUUUGAUCCUGUUUUC